AUGUUUAUAUAUUAUAGAGAGAAAGUUAAGAAAUUGAUAGACUGGGAAUAUCGGAAACAUAUGACUGUAUUACAAAAAAAUAUAAUUGACGACCCAGUACAAUUCUGGAAAUAUGUAAAGGACAGGAAAAAGGAUAGAAGGAACAUAAAUACAUAUACAUAUGAAAACACUGAAGUGACCGAUCAAGCCGCAGCCGACGCCUUUGCUGAAUAUUUUGCGUCCGUUUUCCAUGCAGAAAAACCCGUGCUAAAUCCGGAUACUGCUAUUAAAACCGCUUAUGCAUACAUCCAUCGGGAUGUAGCCUCCGUUUCCAUCACGACAGUCGAUGGUAACGAUCUGAAGAAGGCAGUGAGACGCCUCAAACCACGAUCAGCUGGUGGGCCGGAUGGCAUUCCUGUCUUCCUAGUCAGGGACUGUAUAUCGGUCAUUGGACGGCCUCUGCUGUACUUAUACAAUCUUUCUUUAACUCAGUCAAGAUAUCCAGAGAGCUGGAAGUUAUCCCGAGUCACUCCUGUUCCUAAAGGAGACGGAGGUGCAGACGUCACUUCGUUCAGACCUAUAGCUGUCCUAUCCGUUUUUGGUAAGAUCUUUGAAGCAAUUUUAAGUGAUCGCAUCAACUGCCAAAUCGGUCACCAGCUACAUAACAGCCAGCAUGGGUUUCGUACAGCUCGCUCCACCACCACCAACUUGGUCUCGCAUGUAGACUAUAUCUGCGCACAAAUGGAUAAGCGUAUGCAAGUCGAUGCGGCUUACUUCGAUUUCAAAAAAGCCUUCGACCUAGUGGAUAAUGAUUUGCUAUUGGAAAAGCUGGCGAUCAUUGGAUUCGUACCAAAGCUCCUCAAUUUUUUCUCCUGUUACCUAAAUAACCGACGUCAAUAUGUGCGGUUGAAUAGCUGUGACUCGGGAGACUACUUUACUAGAUCAGGAGUAAGUCAAGGUAGUACGUUGGGACCUUUACUAUUCCUUAUAUUUAUCAACGAUUUACCAGAUGUUGUUUUGACUUCCGAAUGUCUCCUAUUUGCGGAUGACCUAAAACUAACUCUUGGUAUUGAAACUGAGGCUGACGCUGACACAUUACAGAAAGAUAUUGAUGCGGUGUCUCAAACUCGCAGGGACAGGUGGCGCCGCGGCGCCGCCCGCGGCUUCUGGAGCCGCCCCGCGCACGUACCGAGCGAGCGCGCCAAGCGCCCACCAACCGCGCACUCCGCGCCAUUGGAAACAUACUUGCACAGCACAAUGAACUAG